GGACUGCCUCCCCGCCCCUCCGCUCACGAGAAAAAGAAAAAAGAAAAAAAGAAAAACAACGCACAUCCCCACGUCCUCGUAUCCCACCUCCCACUCCCUUCCCCAAAUCCCCCGCUCUCGAUUCCCUAUUCUCUCCAGAGAGGAAUCACCGCUGCCGACCUCCUCCCUCCUACAGCGACGGAGGCGGACGCCGGGUUGGGUCGGACGCCCACGUGGAAGGAGCGGGAGAACAACAAGCGGCGCGAGCGCCGGUGCCGGGCCAUCGCCCCCAAGAUCUUCACCGGCCUCCGCGCGCUCGACAGCUACAAGCUCCUCAAGGAGCUCUGCCGCGAGGCCGAAUGGGUCGUGGAGGAUGACGGCACCACCUACCGCAAGGGAUACAAGCAGCCGUCGUCCGGGCCGUUCGGUGGGGUCUCGUCGGUGGGCAUGAGCCCUUGCUCGUCCUCGCAGCUGCUCGGUGCAUCGUCGUUCCUGAGCCCGGUGCCUUCCUACCACCCCAGCUCGGCGUCAUCCAGCUUCCCGAGCCCCACGCGCCUCGACAACCCCAGCCCCGCCUACCUCUUCCCAUUCCUCCGUGGCCUCCCCAACCUGCCCCUGCUCCGGGUCUCCAACAGCAGGGGGUGAAGCAAACACUUAUUGGGAGAAUUACUUCUGCGGUAAGCCGGAGUGUGACGUCUUCUCACGGGCUACUGUCAUCAAUCAAGGUGGUCAUUGUCUAUAUCAAGCUUGACGAGUACUUCCUGAAGGCUGAUUUCUGCUCCCGCCGCGUUGCUGACCAAGGCCCCAUCUACGUGGGAAGCUGCUAUUUUUUUUGAUAGAUUGGCAAUGAAAUGCUUGGAUAGGAGAAAAGAAAUCGGAAGAGCAUGAGAUAAGAUGUUGAGGACCUAAAUAAUGCACACACAUUUACAUAUUUCAUGUGAUGGUAGUAUGUCGUCGUAGUUUUUGUGUUGGUUGUCCUACUGAAUGUUCCUGUCAGUCCUAACUCAUCACAUCACUCUCAAAUUUCAGUCA